GAUACGCGCACUUCCUGGCCAGCUGUGACCCAACAGCCCUAACAAAAUGCCUUAUCGGACCCUCUUCAGUCAAAGUUCUGGGACACUUAUCAGUCGUGAACGAAACCCGCUAGCAUUCCGACCUAACCGUUAGAUCAUGCUUGAUACAUUGCGCGCAAAUGAUGAGUGAUAAUUUACAAUGGGUGAUCUUUUACCGAGUAUACCGAAGAGUACUUUGGCCAGUGAGGUAGACGGAUACAAUUGGAGCGUGGUGGGACUGGACGCGUAUAAUACGGAUGAAGAGCUGGCAGCGGUCGAACUGUUCAAGGACUACCCGGAAGGUCUGCUGCGUUUCGCAUCAGCGUGCUGUGUGCUGUUUAUGCUUGUUGGAAUCCCCGGAAAUUUAAUCACUAUAGUUGCUCUGGCAAGAUGUAAGAAGGUACGCAACGCGACAGCUGUGUUUAUAAUGAAUUUGUCAUGCUCCGAUUUGCUGUUCUGCUGCUUCAACCUACCGCUCGCUGCUUCAACCUUCUGGCAGCGUUCGUGGGCACACGGCAGGACGCUCUGUAGAAUGUUUCCCCUCGCUAGAUAUGCGCUCGUCGCCGUAUCGUUGUUCACUGUCCUGGCGAUCACUAUCAACAGAUAUGUUAUGAUCUCACACCCAAGGCUUUACCCUAAACUCUACAAAAAGCAGUAUUUGGCUGUGAUGGUAGCCAGUACGUGGGCUUUCUCUUUUGGAGCUCUUAUUGCGACAUGGCUCGAAAAAUGGGGUCGUUUUGGCCUAGAUCCCUCUAUCGGAUCGUGCUCAAUACUUCCUGAUCAAAACCACCGUUCCCCAAAAGAAUUUCUAUUUGUAGGAGCAUUUAUGCUGCCUUGUCUAGCCAUUGUCAUAUGCUACGCUAGAAUAUUUUGUAUAGUAAGAGAAGCUGCUCGGCGUUCACGUGCACCUGGUAGAGGAAGAGCUAGACCAGGUCUGGAAGAUUCGGCUGUUGGAUCAGCUUCGACAGCAUUAGAACGAUCUCCAGGCCCAGAAAACGGGUACAAUCAUGUCGCACCAACUAAAAAAGCUUUACUUGCACCACCUUCCCUUCAUUAUCCUCCUACUCCAGGACCGGAACGUUCAUCGUCUUCUGGUGUGGAUACAUUAGAUGGUCACGAUGAUGAAUGCGCUCUUGACGCAAAACCGAGAACUCCGAGCGGCGGUGAUACAGCCAAAAGACUUCGUCAAGCAGCAGUAGCGCUGAGGCGAUCACCAGCUCCAGUGAGACCACCCCGAUUAACACCAAAAGAUAGAAAACUUUUAAAGAUGAUAAUGGCAAUAAUGCUCUCAUUCUGGGUAUGCUAUUUGCCAAUAACCCUAACAAAACUCUUUAGGGAGUUCACUUCUCAUCCCGCAGCAAAUAUAGCGGGAUAUAUUUUGAUAUAUUUGACGACAUGCAUCAAUCCCAUAAUUUACGUGGUGAUGUCGAGCGAGUAUCGACAGGCUUAUAAGAAUCUUCUGAUGUGUAGAAGACGAGCGUGACGUUCGCCCGGCGAAGGUGUCUCCGAGAAGCGCCCGCCGUAAUU